UGGAUCACCUUCUUGUCAAGAAGCAACAUUGCAACAUUUUCCGGCUCAGGUCGGAAGUUGUCUACAUUAUUCUCGCAAGUGUAUUGCAGCAUUUUCCGUCCAGAGAAAGUCAGUGGUAUGCCGAUUUGUCUAAAGCUAUAAGUUAUGCCUUAUCCGGGAAAUCUUCAGAGCUGGACCGCAGCGGCUACCGGCAGCGAUGAGCAGGUAGCCUCAUUUUCCGUCUCGGAGGGAGGUUUGUCGCAUUUAGCGCGUCGUAUUGAAUCAUUCCCUCCUGCAGCCCAGUCGGCACCUGUCAAAAAUGAAGCAAGUUUUAUACAUUCGCCAAUGGUGACGUAUAACAGUCCGACGGUUAGCGCCCCGCUCAAUACCAACCAAUGGAGCACUGUGCCCCGACCGGCGGGCGUUAUCAAUCAUGCCCAGGCCAAUAGGUAUGCUCCGUAUAAGCCAUUGCAUGGUCCUCAUGGCCCUAUUCAAGGGGUGCAACAUGGCCCCAUCGGGGUGUACUCCAACCUUCCCUACCGAACGGUGCCUGUUCCUAGAAGUCUGCCUCUAUCCGCAAUGACUGGUUCCACAACGUAUGACCCAAGCAAUCAGCCACUGUCGGCCAACAGCACAGGCCUGGCCAGUACAGAGGCCCUACUGUCACCGCAGACCUCGUCAUUUGCCAUGCCAACAAUGACGCAAAACACUGUCAAUGUGCGGCCAGUGACCAACGCGCUCCUGUCACCCGUACCUACUCCGGGGGACCUGACGCCCAAAACACCAAGCUUUGCCCCCAAGGAGAAGAAGGCAACCAGACCGUAUAAACUGCCUGUGGGAGCGGCCAGGAAGGCAGCGGCAGCCAACGAAUCUCAAGUCAGCCCAAGCAGUGAAACAAGCGGAGGAUUGUCACCUCUGGACAGUUUUCGUGUUCGAUCCUGGCCCCUGCGCGUAUGGUUGUACAACCACAGGAACAACCCAUACCCGAAGAGAGCUGAGAAGUGCAAGCUGGCGAAGGAAGUCGGCUGGACGCCCGACCAAGUGUCGAUGUGGUUCGCAAACACUCGACGGCGAAUCAAGAAGGUCGGCAUGGAUGUCUGGUCGGGUGGAGAGUACAACGAUCUGAACUUGAAGGACACCAAGGUUUCCACAAAGUCUCCAACCAUUCGCACGCCCUCACCUAGCUACUACCUAACGCCACCAAUGUCCUCACCUCUGGAACACCACAGUGCAAGUACAUGCGUGGACCAGGUAUCAGCACCUGUACAGCCUAUCACCAUGCAGCCACUGAACUGAGCACAUGUGUACGUCACGUGACGUACUCUUGAUCAAAGCAUAUUCGAAACUGAGAGAUUUUUCUGCUUAUGCACCUGAACUACCUAUUCUGAUACCACUCAACGGUCCCAUAGCCCCAUGUAGGAAAGCACACAGCAGGCACAACAAUGACUAUUACAGCCUAAAAAAAGAACGAAAUUAUUAUUCAUCAGCUGCGAGGGAUUGAAUGAAUACUUGUAAUAAUAUUGGCACACGUAGAGACGAUUAUUCUUUCUUUCAACCAUUUUUUUCAAAUUUCAACUGAGUGCUUGACGUAAUUAUUCAUUGAAAGAGAACCUACGGAUUUACAUGAAUCGUUCGAUUCGACAUUAUGUAUGCAAGCAUACGUUCCUAUCAAAACCCCGGUCAACUUCUAAACCAUGGUGAAACACUUUGUUUUAGCAGUGCCAAUGGAUUUACUCUUCCUCUGUUCACAGUUGGUACUGUGCAGUGCCACAUGCUACUGCCAAAGAAGGCAUUGCCAUAGUGGUGGCGCAGAACAAUAGCAUGGAAUUCAGUGAUCUGCAGUAAAGAACGCCCAGUUGAUUCACUCCUUGAUCCCUCGCUCCUCUGUUUUCAGUUUAUUAUCUUCACUGAUUUAUUCAAUUCAACUUUUGUUAGUCGUCCUGGUCUCACUCCAGCUUUUCAAGUAAACACUGAUUGAGGAUUAUUAUUGUAAUUUUUAACCAUGACAAACAAUGGCAAUGA